AUGGCGCCUUCAAUCCCAGACGAGGAGACGGGCCUUGCGUCCAAAACUCCAACGAAACCGUCUGAAGCCGAUGAAGUCCAGGUAGAACCCAUCGUGGAAGGUCACCAUGGGAGUAUCCUCAGCCGCGUGACCGCGCGGCUGCACUCCCUCAAUUUUUUCGAGACCCGCGGCAUAGAGCGCGUGCCGGUCGAGGAGCGCCACGAGGCCAAGGCUUCGGAUUAUAUGCAGAUGGCGCUGCUUUGGUUCAGUACGAAUAUUACUGCGAAUAAUAUGGCGGUGGGUAUGUUGGGCCCGCUGGACUAUUCGCUGGGUUUCGUGGACUGUGCGCUCUGUGCAACCUUUGGAGCGUUGCUCGGGGCUGCGGGUGUGGCGUAUAUGGGGACGUUUGGGCCAGUGAGUGGGAAUCGGACUAUGGUACGUUCAGAGCCCUUGCAGAGAAGCGAGACUGGCGCUAAGGAGUCUGUCUGCUCAGGUGGUCGCGCGUUAUUUCAUGGGGUAUUACCCGAGCAAGAUUGCGUGUCUGCUGAACAUGAUCAUCAUGCUUGGUCUCUCUACAGAUGGGCCUGGGUCCCUCAAUUCGUCGCAGUGUUCGUAUUAAUUGGCAGCGCUGGCCCUAAAUUCGAUACUUCCAUUGAGUCAACCGGCUCCAGCGAAACCAUCGCAGGGAACCGACUCUCAUUUUUCUCGCUCUGUCUCUCUGCCGCCGUAGCGUGGGCUCCGGCUGGCGCAGAUUUCUAUGUCUAUUUCCCGCCCACCACAUCCAAAUGGAAGACCUUCCUCUUGACAUUUCUCGGCGUCGGACUCGCCAUCACCUUCGCGAACCUGGUGGGUAUUGGUCUAGCGUCCGGGACUCUGACUCAGCCGUCCUGGGCGGACGCCUUCAACACCUCCUCCGGUGCCCUGGUCGUUGCUGGAUACAGCGGUCUCGGCGGCUUCGGCAAGUUCCUCGGUGUACUCGUCGCGCUUGGUCUGAUUGCAAAUAACAUCCCGGGGACCUAUUCUGCGGGCCUCGGGUUCCAAAUCAUGGGGCGCUAUUUGGCAAAAGUUCCUCGGUGGCUUUUGUCAACGGUCGGCGUGGUUAUAUACACUGCCUGCGCGCUGGGCGGGCGGAAUGAGCUGUAUGAGAUUUUCGAGAAUUUCCUCGCGUUAAUGGGGUACUGGGUCACGAUCUACCUUAUGAUCGCUUUCGAGGAACAUGUGAUCUUCCGUCGAACUAGGGGGUUUGAUUGGGAUGCCUGGAGCGAUCCGUCCAGGUUGCCGGUCGGCAUUGCAGCUCUGGCUGCUUUUCUGGUGGGGUGGGCAGGGGCAAUUGUUUGUAUGGAUCAGGUCUGGUAUGUUGGGCCCAUUGCGAAGAUGGUUGGGGAGGAUGGAUCUGACCUGGGGAUUUGGGUGGGUGUCUCGUGGGCUAUGUUGGUAUUCCCUCCCUUGCGAUGGUGGGAGUUGAAAAAGUUCAACCGAUAG